GGGUUCUGCCAAACUUAUUUCAGGGGUUUUGUGAGGGUUUUAUCCUACCGAUCGCUUUCACUGCUCUACUCUCUCCCUCUCGCAAAAAAGAAGAAGAAAAAAACAUCCACUUUUUCUUCUUAAAUUGCUGUAUUUUUUGCUUUUCACAUUUUGAUUAUUUACGAAAUGGCCACUCCUGUCCCUCCGGCAACUGCAGAUUCUCCGGCAGGUUCAAAGCCGACGGUAAUCGAACCGGAGAAAGUCGAUUACUUCAACUUGCCUUGUCCUGUUCCUUACGAAGAAAUUAAUCGUGAAGUUAUAAUGUCUUUAAAGCCUGAACUUUUUGAAGGCAUGCGCUUCGACUUCACCAGAGUACUUAAUCAGAGAUUUUUUCUCAGUCACAGUGUUUUCAUGGGUCCCACGGAACUUCCUACUCAGUCUAUGGAUGUAGUCAAAAUUCCCACAGCUCACUAUGAGUUUGGUGCCAACUUUAUAGAUCCAAAGCUGAUGCUACUUGGGAGAGUAUUGACGGACGGUAAAGUGAAUGCAAGGGUGAAGUGCGAUUUGUCUGAGAAUCUUGCAAUGAAGGCCAAUGCUCAGCUAACAGGCGAGCCACACAUGUCGCAUGGCAUGGUUAAUUUUGAUUACAAGGGUAAAGACUGCAGAACACAGUUUCAAUUCGGGAAUGGCGCAUUAUUUGGAGCCAGCUACAUCCAGAGUGUCACUCCGCAUUUGGCUCUAGGUGGUGAAGUGUUCUGGGCUGGUCAGCAUCGGAAGUCUGGCAUUGGCUAUGUUGCUCGCUACAACACAAAUAAGAUGGUUGCUACAGGGCAAAUUGCUAGCACUGGAAUAGUUUCACUGGGCUAUGUUCAGAAAGUUUCUGAAAAGGUGUCUCUGGCAUCAGACUUUAUGUACGACUAUAGGUCUAGGGAUGUUACUGCAAGUGUUGGUUAUGAUUACAUCCUUCGGCAGUGUCGUCUUAGAGGAAAGAUUGAUUCCAACGGCUGUGUUGCUGCUUUCCUGGAAGAACGGCUCAAUAUGGGCCUUAAUUUUAUCCUUUCUGCCGAGAUUGAUCAUAAAAAGAGAGACUACAAGUUCGGAUUCGGACUGACACUAGGAGAGUAGAAGAGGCAGUCAGUUUAGACAAGGACAAAUUUUUAGUUGAUCAAUAUCCGUUGAGUUAAAAGCAUCGUAGAUGAUUCAUUUCCUCAAUGAGAAUGAAAGCAUCAGUUUUGUAAUUUUACUGAGCAACAUGCUAUAGAGCAUCAGGUGCUGCAACUAAUCAGCAGUAGUUGAUUUUGCAAUACUGGGGGUUUAUUGUUCAAUAUUUUCAACAAUAUGGUCAUCGAAUGUUGUAGAGUUAGAUUAAUUCAGAAAGAAAUAUAGUUCUGAUUUAGUGUUAGCAAUAGUGGCAUGGCAUUUGCCUACUGGACCACUAGAUGUUUGCCAGUAUUUCUUCUAAAGGUGGAAAUUCAUAUACUUCGGCUUGUUUGGCCAUGAAAAUUGUGAUUUUUUUCUCUUAAAACAUAGUUUUUGUUUACAAAG